GCGGCGGGGCCCCGGGCGCGGAGCUGGUGCCCGGCGCGGAGAGCGGCGAGCGCAGCCAUGCCCCAGGCCGCCUCCGGGGCAGCAGCAGCGGCGGCUGGGGCCGGGGCGCGGGCCGGGGGCGCCGGGGGGCCGGCGGCGGCCCGGGCGGGACGAUGAAGCGGCAGAAUGUGCGCACGCUGGCGCUCAUCGUGUGCACCUUCACCUACCUGCUGGUGGGCGCCGCGGUCUUCGACGCGCUCGAGUCGGAGCCCGAGUUGAUCGAGCGGCAGCGGCUGGAGCUGCGGCAGCAGGAGCUGCGGGCGCGCUACAACCUCAGCCAGGGCGGCUACGAGGAGCUCGAGCGCGUCGUGCUGCGCCUCAAGCCGCACAAGGCCGGCGUGCAGUGGCGCUUCGCCGGCUCCUUCUACUUCGCCAUCACCGUCAUCACCACCAUCGGCUACGGGCACGCGGCGCCCAGCACAGAUGGCGGCAAGGUGUUCUGCAUGUUCUACGCGCUGCUGGGCAUCCCGCUCACGCUCGUCAUGUUCCAGAGCCUGGGCGAGCGCAUCAACACCUUCGUGAGGUACCUGCUGCACCGCGCCAAGAAGGGGCUGGGCAUGCGGCGCGCCGACGUGUCCAUGGCCAACAUGGUGCUCAUCGGCUUCUUCUCGUGCAUCAGCACGCUGUGCAUCGGCGCCGCCGCCUUCUCCCACUACGAGCACUGGACCUUCUUCCAGGCCUACUACUACUGCUUCAUCACGCUCACCACCAUCGGCUUCGGCGACUACGUGGCGCUGCAGAAGGACCAGGCGCUGCAGACGCAGCCGCAGUACGUGGCCUUCAGCUUCGUCUACAUCCUCACCGGCCUCACGGUCAUCGGCGCCUUCCUCAACCUCGUGGUGCUGCGCUUCAUGACCAUGAACGCCGAGGACGAGAAGCGCGACGCCGAGCACCGCGCGCUGCUCACGCACAACGGGCGGGCGGGCGGCUGCGGCGGCGGCGGCGGCGGCGGCAGCGUGCACACCACGGACACCGCCUCGUCCCCGGCGGCGGGCCCCGGCGGCUUCCGCAACGUGUACGCCGAGGUGCUGCACUUCCAGUCCAUGUGCUCGUGCCUCUGGUACAAGAGCCGCGAGAAGCUGCAGUACUCCAUCCCCAUGAUCAUCCCGCGGGACCUGUCCACGUCCGACACGUGCAUGGAGCAGAGCCACUCGUCGCCGGGAAUGGGCGGCCGCUACAGCGACACGCCGUCGCGCCGCUGCCUCUGCAGUGUGGCGCCGCGCUCCGCCAUCAGCUCGGUGUCCACGGGCCUGCACAGCCUGUCCACCUUCCGCGGCCUCAUGAAACGCAGGAGCUCCGUGUGAACGCCCCGAGGGGCCUGGAGCGCCUGGGGGCGGGGGCGGGGGCUCCUGCGGGGAGAAGAGGCAGGGGUUGGCCAGGAAGCCCUCCCCAGCUGCCUUCAGCCCAGUGGGACGCCCCCGACACCCCUCACCACUCUCCCCCAGCCCCCCAUCUCCGACUGUGCCUGCUCGCACCAGCUGGCAGGAGGCCGGGCUCUGAGGACCCCUGGAGCCCCCAUCCGAGCCCUGAAAAUUCCGAGAAAUGUGAAACUUGGGGGGGUCUGAGGGGAGGGCAGAAGCUGGGAGCUUUCCAUCCCUUUGGAAAUCUAAGAAGCUCCCCAGUCCUCAGAGACCCUGCUGGUACCCAGACCCCCACCCCCGGAGGGGACUCCAUGUUCCGUGUACGUUUGCAUCUCUAUUUAUACCUCUGUCCUGCCAGGUCUCCCACCUUCCCUUGGCUCCAAAAGCCAAGGUGUCUUUGUCCAGGUCACCCCACUCAGUCCCGCUCCCCUUCCCCAUCCCCAGCUGUGUCUCCCAACCUCCCACUACCUUUGUGUUGUUUUGCAUGGCUUUGCAGUUACAGAGAAAGUGGACACCCAGAAGUCCCUAAAGCUAGU